CGCCGGGGUCAGGGGUCGGGGUUCGGGUCGUGGGGCGGAGGGAAGAGCGAGCAGGCGGGCGGGAGGCGCCGGCACCAGACGCGGGGGAAAGGAGCUACCAGUAGCCACCUAGAGGCCGCGGAGUCAGCAACGACCGAGCAAGCCGAGUCGCCGCCGCCGCGCCCCCAUGGCGGCCGCUAAGGAUACUCAUGAGGACCAUGAUACCUCCACUGAGAAUGCAGACGAGUCCAACCAUGAUCCCCAGUUUGAACCAAUUGUUUCUCUUCCCGAGCAAGAAAUUAAAACACUGGAGGAAGAUGAGGAAGAACUUUUUAAAAUGCGAGCAAAGUUGUUCCGAUUUGCUUCAGAGAAUGAUAGCCCAGAGUGGAAGGAACGUGGCACUGGUGACGUCAAACUCCUAAAGCAUAAGGAUAAGGGGACCAUUCGCCUCCUCAUGAGGAGGGACAAGACCCUGAAGAUCUGCGCCAACCACUAUAUCACGCCCAUGAUGGAGCUUAAGCCAAAUGCUGGUAGUGACCGUGCCUGGGUCUGGAAUACCCAUGCUGACUUUGCCGAUGAGUACCCCAAGCCGGAGCUGCUUGCCAUCCGCUUCCUAAAUGCUGAAAAUGCACAAAAAUUUAAAACAAAGUUUGAAGAAUGCAGGAAAGAGAUUGAAGAGAGAGAAAAAAAAGCAGGACUGGGCAAAAAUGAUAAUGCGGAAAAAGUAGCUGAAAAGCUAGAAGCUCUGUCUGUAAAGGAGAAUAAGGACCCUGGAAAAGAGACCGAAGAGAAAUCAGAGAAGCAAUGAGUCCUCUUAACUUCUCUCUUUUUCUUUUUCUUUUCUUUUUUAAAUUUUGCCCUCCCCUUUCUUUUUGUUUUAUUUUUAAUUCUGUUUUGUUUCUACAAGGGACUUUAUAUAAAGAACUGAAUUCCAACAUUCAGGCCAUUUUUUUGUUUUGUUUUUCUAAGUUUUUACCCUAUUGAAGAUGACUUCAGAAAAUCCAUUCCCCAGUCAUGAAAAUGUACUGUGCUAACUUUCUUUUCCAUAGUGGAAACACUUAUUUAUAGUCAUCAAAAAUAGUAAAUAAAAAAUGCAUUUGAAACCUGGA